AUGAUUUCCUCCAGGGCUCUAGGCAGAGUCCAUUAGUUCUCUCCAGCAGGAAAGCCAUGUCCACUUGCUUCUGCGGCUGCCGGGGAAGCCUGUUUAAAGUGCUCCAGGACAAGGCCGGGGAGACUCGGGAAGAGCGACAGAAGGUGCGGGAUGCAGCGCGUAGCCUUGGUGGGGGUCACCACCCUGGCCCUGGUGCUGGCCUUGGCCAGCCCUUCAAAAGAAGAAGGCAAGAAGAAGGAAGAGAAGCCCAGAGCUGACACUGCAACCGAUGACAACCUGGACCUGCCCAACUACGACUUAGACAACUAUGGAGAGAUCAUUGACCCGAGCCUCUACGAAGAGCUUUAUGACUAUAGUGACCUGGCACCAAAGAUUGAGGUUGGUACAUUGGCUCCUCCAACCCAGCGUCUAGAGGGCGUCAUGAGCACAAGAGCCGUGCCGACCGAAGCACCCAGGAGGCCACCCCCAACAUCCCCCACGACCAAGCCUGUCGGGCCAGGUCUGUUCGGGUCCAUAACCAAACAGGGUCUGCCCACCUGCCUGGUCUGCGUGUGCCUUAGCACCUCCGUGUACUGCGAUGAUGCCGAGCUGGAACAGAUCCCGCCGCUGCCCCUGGAGACCACGUACCUCUACGCCCGCUUCAACCGCAUCAGCCGCAUCCAAGCCAGCGACUUCGCCAGGCUGAAGAAGCUGAAGCGAAUAGACCUGACUAGCAACUUCAUCUCCUGGGUGGGCGAGGACUCCUUCCGGCUGCUGAGCACCCUGCAAGAGCUCAUCCUCGCCGAGAACAGGCUGACUGCGCUACCUGCAUUGCCCAGCAGCAUCGUGCGGCUCGAUGCCCGGUUCAACAGGAUCCAGAGCUCCGGUGUCAGACCUGAAGCCUUCAGAGAGCUGAAGAAGCUGCAAUUCCUCCACCUGUCUGAUAACAAGCUGGACUAUAUCCCAGUGCCCCUGCCCGAGGGCCUGCGGUCCCUGCACCUGCAGAACAACAACAUCCAAACCAUGCACAAAGACACGUUCUGUGACAGCCAGGACCACAGUCACAUCCGCUGGGCCCUGGAGGACAUCCGCUUGGACCACAACCCCAUCAACCUGAGCUUCUUCCCCGACGCUUACUUCUGUCUGCCUCGGCUACCCACGGGCCAUUUCUACUGAGCCUGCCAGACAGCCCCCACGGGAGCACCUAUGAUGGGAACUGCUCUUGGGAGAAGGCUGCCCUGGACCCACAAGUUAAGAGCUCCAUGCCCGGCUGUCCUGUUGGGCCAUCUGGUAUUUGCCCUUCUCCCUUGCUCAUCUCAGCCCCAGUGGCCUUGUCUAGACUAGGGUUUAAGAUGUGAUGUGAGCAUAUAUGAGCUAACAUGGGUUUAGAAGUCUAGUUAGGCUAAGGAUACUGUGUUCUGUGUUAAAAUGGCCAGGGGGUGCUGGAUGCGAGGAUUUUAUUGAGUUCUCAGUCCUUGUGUGCCAGCGCGAAGGAUGCCCCAAGUCGAGAAUAGCCCUAAUAAAAUGAAAAAGGUUAAAAACUCAUUCUGUGGAUUGUUUAAAACAAAAUAACCUGUUGGCCACCCCCAUCAGACAUGGCAGCUCGUCCAUGAGCAUUGUGGUGUGGGAAGUGAUGGGCAAAGCUUUCAUGGGAACAAACCUUGGAUUCCCUCCUGGCUGAACCUCGGUCACUUGGAUCCUGACCUGCAUUUCCAGUCAUAGGCUCCCCGAUGCACAGCUCCACCCAAAGCUUAGGUCUCAAAGCUGAUCCAAACAGGGAGGGGGAGGGAGCGAGUUUUGAGGCCUGAAUCAAAUCAAUGUAUUUAAAAUAUAGCAUGUGUUGUGUUCCCUAACUUCUGAAAUCAGAAGAGAGCUGUCCACUUGGGUAAUACUUUAAACAUAGCUUAUU